AUGAGCAAGCUUUUACGCAAGUCGCUAUCAAGCGAUAUGCUUGCCAAGAUUCGUUCUUCGGACGGGUCGAAAGGUUCGGAGAGCAAGACCAAGAACCAGCCAAAAGUUCAGAAGAAACGAUCAUUUCGACUUUUCAAAUCGCCCAAGUUAAGCUCGCCGCCUGAGCCAAGCCCGAAGCUACCGUCCGUGACAUCUCCCUUGCCUGAUAAAGGACAGCAUAACAUACCUACAUCUCCUAUGUAUGGACUUGGUAUUCAGCAUUGGGAGCAGUCGCCGUCGUCUGCGUCAAGCGGCCCUGCACGUCGACAGAUGAGUCCGCGCCCGGUACCACAUGCGCGGAUGUACCAUGAGCAGGAGGGUGCACCGACGGAUAUAUUUAUGUCGUCGCGUCCUCCUGGGAAUAGCGUGGCCCUUCCGCCUCAUCAUUAUGAGGCAGCUACGCUAUCGGCGAACCCACAAGAGGCGGUCACACCGCAUGCGGCGCAAGAUGCGAAUGACUUUUCCCCCAUGAUGGCCGGCAGUACAUACCCUGAUACUCAGGAUUCGCUACCUACCAAUAAUAUGCAUGAAUCACAAACCAGCUCUUUCUCUGUACCUGAGCCGAUGCCGGCAACAGCUUCUAUGCCUCCGGUGGCUGUACAGACGACGCCCACCGUGUCGCUUCCCAGUCGUGCAAGUGAUGGGUAUGUGCCGACAGUGGUUCAAGUUGGUCCUCCUUCCGCGGGAAUUAGCCCCAUGCCUUCCUCAGCCGAGCAAACGAUGCCGAUCGCGGCGCCGGCUACAAAUGUGGAUGAUACAUUAGGCCCUAGUGCUGACUAUUCAUUUAAGACAGCGCCUGUCGCUCAUACGGAAGCUAUGCAUAUGCCUGCUUCAUCACAUGUUGAUACAAACAUGGAAUCGUUCACGGAUAGUGCAGAUGUCUCGGCUGACCGUGCCUUUGGUGUGGAUGCACUUAUUCGUCCUUAUGACAUGUCAGGCGAUUCCUUGUCUCAUGAUCUCAUGCCGACGCCGUCACAUCAAUCGUCGCCCAACCCACACAAUCCGUUCCGCAUGCGAAUGUAUCCGCAAGAGCCUUUCGCGGAAGAGAGCCCCUCGUUUAACCAAGAAGUUCAUACGCACGAAGUGGUACCUAUCGGGGUUCGUGCGCAUACAAACACACAUGAACAUGUGCUAGCUAGCACUACUUCGCCUACAUUGACCUCCACUAUGACCGUGCCAACGCUGCCUCCAUCGAAUCAGGCUGUGCAGGCGGACCGACCUAUGCCUGCCAUCAACUUGGAGCAGUUGUCCAAUCUCGGCCCCGUUGUCCCGUCAACAAAGGCGGCAUGGCAAGUGCCCUCAGACACGCAAGACUCUACGUAUACAGUCCGGCCAGACCAUUAUGAUCAAUGGAAGGCACCUUCCUCCAUGACGCCGUCGAUCACCACGCCCGCAGUAGCGGAAAUGGAUAUACCAACGGCCCAUUCGAAAGAGACAGAUGAGCCGGUGAUGUAUUCUCAGAGGAUGCCAGUAAAUGUGGCGGCUACUACAGAGACGUCUACAUCGAGGGAAGCAGCCGCAUUCGCCUCUGCACCUACAGAGACAUCUUCCUCAACAGGUCCGCGUCAACAAGACACGGCUAUGGCUUCUACAGUUGGCAUGAGCGCAGCGGAUCUUGAUGGGUCAGCACGUGCCAAGGAAGAACCGAAAGACGCAAGCCCGGUCCCUAAUGAAUCAACCAGCCUUACACCUAUAUUGACGCAAUCAGAGCUUUCGGAGCCGUCCAAAGAUACGUACCGCGUAGAAUGGAUGCUGGGUAUGCAUACACAGCUCUUUGACGAUGCAUGCACCAGUACCCAAGGUCCUGUGCCGGUGGCUUAUACCUACGAUGAGUGGUACAUUGAGCCAGUGCACGAUGUGAUGGGGGCUAGGGCAGCAGGUCCUUCGGCCAUUGUAGCCAACAGCCCACCACCUGGUCAAGCAGCUGCCUCGCCGCUCUACUUGGGCGUAUUUGGAUCUGAGCUUCGUACAGCUCGUGAUGGACGCUACGUUCUGGACCUCGCGCACCGUGUUGCUUUUGAUGUGCAGCCAAAUCGGCCGUUGCCUGAUAACACACGUGCCAUGUCUCUGUCGACUUGUGUGCGCCAUGCCCGGAUCUUUUCGUAUAGCCCACGUGUGGUGUUAGCGGCCACACCACACCGCCUUGUGGCGGAAAUGACCUCGGGAUCGUCGCCGGGCCUGAUGCAGGAUGUGUUUUUGGGCUAUCGCCAGUACUUUGGUGCGUCGCGUUUGUUGGAUUUGCUCCUUUCGCGCAUGGAAUGGGCCAUCACCAAGGUAGGUGAGACUAUCACAGCCAAGACAGCGAUGGGGGUGUUGGUACACACGCAAUCGGCCCUGUGGUACUGGCUGCAGUAUUACUAUGACCGCGAUUUCGCACGCAACGAGACACUUCUACGCCGUCUUAUUGACUGGACAGCCGAUCAAGAUUUCCGGACGCAGUUCUGGAAGUUUGCUGAGGAGGCAAAGCACAGUGUCAAUGUUCCGCACCUUCUGCCACUUCACGAAAUGGCCAUCCCGGAACUAGAUGAUGAGAUGACGACCAAUGAUCCGUGUGACCGGAUGCAUGUGCUGUGGGCUUUGGUCCAGGGACUGGUCCCUGCCUCUAUGCUCCCUACGACCACCCCAGGCUCUUCAGGCACGAACGUGGUACCAAGCCGAGAGCCCAUGCCGGAGCUUCAUAAAGUUCGUUCGCUUACGCGUAUGUUGUCGUUGUCGAAUUCGCCACGGAAGAACAAGCGGGGUGGACAUGGACGUAAGCCCAGCAACACAAUCUCAUCUGCAGUCAUGGGGGCUGUGAACAGCAUGGGCACGAUUCCUGCUGUGCCUGGUACUCGACAAUCGCAGUCCCAGGAUUUUACCACAGGCACGGCAUCCCCUGUGUCGGGUGUAUCGCUUGACACACCAGAUGUAUCGCAAUCGUCACUGCAUCGCAAUCGCUCUGUGCGCAGUUUGCGCCGUCUCUGGCGUCGUGGUGAUGGCAGCAAUGACGAGCCAUCAACAGACGAUGCUCGUCAGCACCACCAUCAUACACCUGCUUUGCCAUUUGGUUCGCGGAGGACUGAGACACAACAAGCAGCCGAAGAGGCCUUGGAUACGGACGAUGGCGAACAAGAUGCAACCCUGCAGCGCUUGGAGACGGCCCUGAGCGACUUGCCCAGUGCCAGCGAUGUCAUUUCACCGCAGCAGCGCUCAGGCCCAAUCCAAUGGAUUCCGUCGCAUACAGGUGCAUCCUGGAAAGAGGCGCAGCGCAUGUCCAUUCUUUCACUACAGUCACCACGUUUCGGUGACGAGGCGACACGUACGACUGCGCCUACGCAGCCAGACACGUUCCUUUUAUACCAACGCUCGAGCACCAUUGCUCGCCAACUCGGUUCCAUCGAACGUGAAAUCAUGGCAUGUGUGCGCUGGACCGACAUGGCUGAGCCUGCAUGGGAUCAGCACACAAUUCAACAAGAACAGUGGCAGCGUGAGUACCAAGAGUACACCACGAUGCGCAUUCGCGCGGCUACAGAAGGAUCAAGUGUGCCGCAGGAUGGCUCACGUACACCACAACUGAAUCCGACGCGUACGCAGCAAGGCGUGCAUAUGCUGAUUGCACGCUUCAACCGUGCAUGCGCAUGGGUCGCUACCCAUAUCGUCACGACCAAGGACUUGGAGCAACGUGCAGCAAUUGUGAACAAAUUUAUCCGUAUUGCGUGGCACUGCUACCGCCAGGGCAAUAUUGAGACGUUGUGUCAAAUCAUGUUUGGCCUGCAGUCGCCAUGGGUUGCGCGUUUGCAAAAGACAUGGGCGCGUGUGGCCCUGUGGGAAUUGCGGGCGUUUGAUGCGUUGCGUCGCUUCACAUCGCCACGCAACCAGUUUGUGUUCCUUCGUCAAUCGAUGCGCGAAGCAUUGGAUUCGUCUGUGUCGCCACGCCGUUUCUCGGAGAUGAGCACGACAGCGGCGCCCUACGUGCCCUUCUUUGGUCUCUUUGUCACGGAUUUGUCGGCAGUCGAUGGUCUGAACAGCUUUGUGGACUCAUCUCUCAUGCCAAACAUGACGCCUUUCUAUGAUGACCAAGAACUGUCGCAAAGUUGGGACACGCUUGUAAAUGUUUACCGUUUGCGUCUCAAGGCGUUGAUUGUACGUGAAUUCAUCACGUUCCAGCGGCAUGAGCGCGAGGCACCAGAGCAUCCAAUGGAGCUUCCGAUUCUUAUCGAAGCAUUGCACUUGGAUACCCUGAGUGCUGUAGCCAUCCAGCGUGCAUCGUUUGCCCUGGAACCGUAA